AUGAGCAGAACAAAUCCCAACCCAACCAUUACAACAUCAACAGUAUCAUUAAAUGCCAUACAGCCAAGACGUCGUACGGCUCAAAAUUAUUUGGUUAUCUGGGUAGAUGGGAACAUUGACAAGAACAGCGAAGACUGCCGGAAUACGCUGGCACAAUUGCGCGCAGUGGUAAGUGAAGUGAAACUGUGCACGACACCUGAAUACUGUGUCGAGUUCCUCAAUGAAAUGGAUGAGGGGAAAGCUUUCAUCAUCUCAUCUGGUGCUUUAGGACAAAGUUUUGUAAAUAACAUUCACGGUAUGUCUAAAGUGAAUGCCAUUUAUAUUUUUUGUGGCAACAAGGCGCGCCAUGAGCUGUGGGCAAAAGAAUGGCAAAAGAUUCGAGGUGUUUUCACCUCAAUCAAACCAAUAUGUGAAUCGCUCAAAGAGGUCGCCCAUGAGUGCGAUCAUAAUUCAAUUCCGAUGAACUUCGUUCCGAAGCGAUGCACUCCAGAUGCAGCAUUCAACGAGCAAAAGCUUAAUCAGUUACCACCAGCUUACAUGUACUCGGUGGUUUUCAAGGAUAUUCUAUUAGAAAUCGAUGAUGAUGACACUAAAUCUAUGAACACCUUGGUGAAAUUUUGUCAACAACAAAAUAUUCCUGACGCAGAAAUAAAUGAAUUUAAGCGUAAAUACCAUCAGAAAUCAUCGGUCUGGUGGUAUACAUGUGGAAAUUUUCUCUAUUGUAUGCUUAAUCGUGGGUUACGUUCCCUUGAUCUAGAGGUAAUGACAAAAUUAGGUUUUUUUAUUCGACAUCUACAUCGUCAACUGGAACAGUUGCACCAAAAACAGUUGGUAAAUUUCCAGCAAAUAUUUACCGUUUAUCAUGGUCAGGGGCUCAGUCAACAAGACUUUCAGAAUCUAGUUGAUAUGAAAGAUGGUCUGCUUCCGUUCAAUAAUUUCCUAUCAACUAAUAUGAAAAAAAACGUGGCAUUGAAAAUUGUUGAACUUGCUAUGCAAGAAAAUCCAUAUACUGUUGGUGUUAUUUUUAUUAUGACAAUAGAUCCAAGUAAAAUAUCAACUUCAAGCACUCCAUUUGCAAUGAUCGAUGAGUGUAGCGCUUCUCCAGAAAAAAAACAAAUACUUUUUACGAUGCACACCGUUUUUCGUGUCGUUGAAAUUAAACAGACGCCUAAAAAUAGUCGUCUUUGGGAAGUACAAUUGGCUAUUACUGAUGAGAGGGAUUCGCAGCUUUCUGCACUUACCAAUCGUACCAAAGAGGAAAUUCAAGGCUCUAAUAGAUGGCAACGAAUGUGUAAAUUGAUGCUCAAAGUGGGACAUUUCGAUCAAGCUGAAAAACGUUACAGCGAAUUACUCGAGAAUUUUGCCAAUGGCAGUGAUAGAGCACAUAUCUAUCACCAACUUGGAUGGUUGAAAAACGAUCAAGGUAAAUACGAAAAAGCAGUUAAGUUCUACAAAAAGCAUCUUCGAAUCAAGCGGAAAACUCUUUCAGAAGAUGAUGCUUCUUUGGCUAAUACUUAUAACAGCAUUGCUGGAGUGUAUGACAACAUGGAAGAAUAUUCUAAAGCACUUGAAUUUUACCAAAAAUCACUGAAAAUAAGUGAAAAGACUAUGCCUCCGAAUCAUCCCGAUCUGGCUACUUCUUACAGCAACAUCGGUCUAGUGUAUAAAAAGAUGGAUAAAUACUCGAAAGCACUUUCCUAUCUAGAAAAGGCGCUGAUUAUUUUACGAAAGUCACUUCCUUCCACACAUCCUAGUAUCAAGAACACGAUGGCUGGUAUAGAAGAAGUGAAAAAGAAGUUGUAA